GGUGAUAAAAAAAAAAAAAAUCCAACGUAACAAAAAAAUUGUUGACUGGGAAAUUCUUGUUAACUGCGAAUCCAAGGAAACUUCGCCUGAAGGGCACAGCUUCCGGUUUCCCUGUUUCUGUCUAUCUCCUGUCUGUUUUUUCUGCUUCCAAAGGGUUUUUCUUGUCUCAUUAUCUGAAUCUCUCUCUGCAGUUGAUUUAUAUUCCAAAACAAUGGGUGAGAGUGCUAAGCGUCAUCGAGGACAAAGAGAUAAUGAUGGGGAUAGUAGGAAUCAUAAGAGAAGAUUGAAUGAUAAAGAUGAAAAAAACAAUGAUGAACUGGUUGUUUAUAGAAUACUUUGCCCUGAUGUAGUGAUUGGAAGUGUCAUUGGUAAAAGUGGUAAAGUCAUAAAUUCAAUUAGGCAGGAGACAAGGGCAAAGGUUAAGGUGGUUGAUCCAUAUCCUGGUGCCAAGGAUAGGGUUAUAACAAUCUAUUGUUAUGUUAAGGAUAAGGAAGAAGUUGAGGUAGAUGAUGAAUUCAAUGACAAAGAACCGUUAUGUGCUGCUCAGGAUGCUCUUCUUAGAGUUCAUGCUGCAAUUGCAAAUGCUAUGGCUGUCAUAGGGGAUUCUGAUAAGAAACAGACAGAUAAGUAUAGGGAGGAAUGUCAAAUUCUUGUCCCAUCUAGCCAAUCUGCUAAUAUCAUUGGUAAGGCGGGCACAACUAUUAAGAAACUGAGGGGCAAGACCAGGACCAUCAUUAAGGUUACUGCUAAGGAUGCUGGUGAUCCAAAUCAUUCAUGUGCCAUGGAUUUUGACAACUUCAUUCAGAUAACUGGUGAACCAGAGGCUGUAAGGAAAGCACUUUUUGCUGUUUCUGCAAUCAUGUACAAGUUCAGUCCAAGAGAAGAAAUUCCUCUUGAGACGACAGUGGCAGAAGCUCCUCCAGCUCCAAGCAUUAUAAUCCCUUCGGAUGUCCCUAUUUAUCCACCAGGUGGCUUAUAUCCUAAUCCAGAUCCUACUGUACCUUCUAGAUCAGUUCCACCAAUAUUGGGUGCUGCACAUGUGCCAGAUCUUCAGGGAUAUGCUGAUACAGGGAGUACCUGGCCUGUGUAUUCAUCGGCUCUUCCUGUGGUUUCUGGUUUUGGUGGUGCAUCUCGAUCUGAAGAGUUAAAAAUCAGAGUACUAUGCCCAUUUGACAAGAUUGGGCGUGUCAUUGGCAGGGGAGGGGGUACUAUUAAGAGUAUAAGGCAGGCAAGUGGUGCUCAUAUCGAGGUUGAUGAUACAAAGGCUGAUCGUGAUCAGUGUAUUAUCACUGUCACAGCUACAGAGUCACCUGAUGAUUUAAAAUCCAUGGCUGUUGAAGCUGUUCUGUUGCUGCAAGGGAAGAUUAAUGAUGAAGAUGAUAAUUCUGUGACUAUGAGGCUCCUUGUUCCAUCUAAGGUUAUUGGUUGUGUUAUUGGAAAAGGUGGUUCUAUUAUAAAUGAAAUUCGGAAGAGAACUAAAGCUGAUGUUCGUAUAUCAAAGGGGGAUAAGCCAAAGUGUGCUGAUGCCAAUGAUGAGCUCGUUGAGCUUGCCGGAAAAGUUAAUAAUGUGAGAGAUGCACUUAUACAGAUUGUUUUAAGGCUCCGAGAUGAUGUUUUGAAAGAAAAGGACAGUGGUCGUAACCCUUCUGUUGGUGCAGAUUCUCUGUACUCAAGCAGUGCCAGUCUUGCAGUGCCAUCUCUCUUGUCUUCUGUUCCUUCAGUUCCUCCUUUGGCUUUUGAUCAAAGAGCUGAAAGUGGAAGUGGCCUUGGUGUGCUUCCUACUAGCAGCCUCUAUGGAUAUGGAACCUUGCCGGUAUGUAAUUGUGGAAUUGUUGUUACUGCUACCUUCAUAACUGUGGCUUUUUCCCCCUUAUUCAUGUCCUGCUCAACAUGGGUGACAUCUUUUUGCAUCAUCUUUAUAAUAGUGUUACUUUUGAGAUCUCACAUCUUUAUUUAUUGAUACUCAUUUGAGGUUUAAUGAAAUGGAUGAUACACUUUCUAAGGAUAACUUGUUCAGACGUCAAUUCUUCUUGUAUUAUAAUUCAGGCAUGCCUGUAGUAAGCUGCUUUAGUUUUACGUUGGGUAAAAUACUGUCACCGCCCUAACUUUUAGCCAUAAUUCCAUGCGGGUCCAUUAGUUUUCGACGUGGACAAUGUGUCUCAAACAUGUAAACGAUGUUAAUGGGCAAAUAUGAAAUGUCAAAAUUACC